UAAAUAUAAAUGAAGGUGGUUGGUAUGUCCUAUAAGAAAAACAAUUCAAUAACCAACAUUUUUCCAACGAUUUCUGUUUGUGUGAUGACAUUUUCGUGGAACUGAGUGCAACCCCAUGCAAAGUGCGCGAUGGCAUUCGAUUUCCUUCUCUUCCCCUCGUGCAUCCCACACGUUCUUUUAUUAAAUAUAGAACCACAAUUUAAUGCGGUUAUGUUGGUUUCUUGAUGAGAAUGGAGCUGAAGGAUUGUUCGAGGUAUGUUUGGUGGUUGGUCCCUGCAUCUUCAACUGAGGAGACCAAAAAUCCAGAAAAUGGGGGUAAAGUCCAGCUCAAGCGAGAACUGGGCCUAUUCUCCGCCGUGAAUUAUAUAUUAGCCGUGAUGAUUGGCUCAGGAAUUUUUGUAUCACCAGCUUCAGCCUUGAAGUAUGCCGGAUCUGUAGGAAUGUGCCUUGUGACGUGGAUAGCAUGCGGAAUGAUAUCUCUACUAGGGGCCUUGGCUUACUCCGAACUGGGAACUCUGGUACCACGAUCGGGAUCGGAGUACGCUUAUUUUGUCGAUUCCUUCAGCCCACUGCAUAGGUUUUGGGGCCCUCUACCUGCCUUCAUUUACUCGUGGAUUAUGACUGUAGCUAUACGACCAGCAGAAAUCGCUGUGCUCUUGCUCACUUUCUCACAGUAUCUUUGUCAGCCAAUCCUUGACUUCUUUUGUAUGAGCGACCAAGAAGAAAACCAGAAAGUGAUCACUGCUAUUGCCUUAGUUGCUUUGGGUGUCACUACUUACAUCAACGUCAGCAGUGUGAAGCUGUAUGUCAAAAUUCAGAAUAUAUUUGGUUCUUUCAAAGUGAUAGCUUGUUUGAUAGUAAUAUGUGGAGGAAUCUACGAAAUUUUCAGAGGAAACACCGACAAUUUAACGAAAGGUUUCGCGGGAACCAGUACUUCGCCCAAAGACUUUGCUUUAGCUUUCUACAGCGGCCUUUGGGCAUACGAUGGAUGGUCAUCUGUGACAGCUAUAACUGAAGAGUUGAAACGGCCCGAAGUCAAUAUCCCAAGAAGUAUAUUUAUAGCCGUUCCCAUGGUGACUAUUUUGUAUGUUUUCAUGAACAUGUCCUACAUGACAGUGUUGACCCCCAACGAGAUGAUAACCGCACAGGCCGUAGCAGUAACAUUCGGAGAGCGGAUAUUCGGGUCAUUUUCAGCGAUCAUCCCGCUAGGCGUAGCCCUCAGUACGUUCGGAUGCGCUCUUAGUCUUCAGUUCGGAGUCACAAGGUUGUGUUACGUUUCUGGGCAAGACGGUUUCAUGUUGGAAAGCCUGUCUUACGUGCACUUCAAAAAACUCACCCCUCUACCGGCCGUUCUGUUGCAAGGCAUGCUCGCUUUCCUUUUCAUCUCCACUGGAGAAGUGCUGGAGCUGAUUGAGUUUGCGAGUUUUUUGAUAUGGUUCUUUUACGGAGUGGCGAUGAUAUCCUUAUUGGUGAUGAGGAAGACGAUGAAAGAUGCUAAGCGGCCGUAUAAAGUGCCGUUGGUAGUGCCUAUUUUUAUAUUCGUAGUAGCUUUGUACCUGAGUGUUAUUCCAAUUGUUUUGGACCCGACUCCUAAGUAUCUGCUGGCCUUGGGAUUCAUGCUGAUAGGCAUAGCAAUUUAUUCAUGGUUCGUUUACUACAAUCACAGGCCGAAAACUAUUAUGGAAUCAAUCACUCGCUGUGUUCAGCUUUUGUUUAGAGUUGUUCCACCAGAAUCUGAUUAAAUUUUUACAUUCAGAA